AUGGCGUCACAGAAAAGUUCCACCACACCGGCCCUGGCGGUAACGAACCGUAUCCUGCGCUCACCGUCCCACGAAAGCUUCUCCACCGAUCUGUCGCUAAUAUCGAUUUCCGUGUCGUCAAUGAAUUCGGAAGCGACCAGCGUAUUGAACCGGUCCAGCUGCAGUUUGCUGAAUCGCACGAUGGAGGAAAAACUUGGCAGUCUGCUGAAUCCUAAGGAUAGUAAAAGAAACCGCUCGUCGACGCUGACCGAGCGUUGGAACGAGAGCAACGAUCUCAUACGGAACUGUGCCACACUGUCGGCCGCGCUGGGCAUCCACAAAAGCUUCAGCACUACCGACAUCUACCAGCUGCCCUCCGAUCAGCACAAUCUCGGUCGACUGUCCACAUCCGAGCUGGCACUAACACCAUUCCAGAAGGUGGGCUAUUUGUUUGACCAUUCCCGGUUGGAGCACGCGUCCCGCUCCUACUCGACCUGGGUUGCGGUGGGUGAGUUGGCAUCCACCUCCCAGCUACCAUCACCGCACGGUGGCCAAACGUCACAAGUGCCGACACUGACCAGCACCAGCAACCCGGCACCGAGCUUCACCGUCACGGAUCUGAUCAGCUCGGUAAACAAAAAGAUCCGGCAGAACUACAUCCGGCGGCGUCUGUUCACGACGUACCGUGCACUGGAACGGCUAUCGCAGAGCGAGUUUAAUCUCGAUCGGCUGGAGGCGGCCGCAUUCGCCGCGACCAAUCCCGGCCCGACGGAGCUGAUCGUACCGUCCACGAGCAUGUCGAAUGCGUCCGCGUCACCGGUGGGCGGAAAGUCCACCAGCUCACCGGCACCGGUCGGUGAGGGAAGCACGGCGGCGGUGCCCGAGCACGGGGCAGCGUCGUUAGCGUUGAAAAAGUCCAGCAGCGGAGCAGCUGGCGGCAGUAGCAAUCCCCGGGCACACCACGGCCCCAAGAAGCAUCUCACCUUUCACGACAUCGAGAACGAGCGCGGUAAACCACUGUCCAAGUACGAGCGUCACAUGCUUAUCUUUAACUGGUUGCACACCAUCGACGACACAGCGCUGGAGAUCGAAAACUGA